ACACCUCAUUCUCUUUCUCUACUUUUCAACCAUUACAGUGACCAAACUCUUCUCGUCAUUACAACUUUCUACCUCCUUCAGCAGCAGUUUCAGUUGCAGAUUGGAAUCUCUAUCAUGGCAAAACUAGAAAAACCAAAACAUGGGUGUUUCUCUAGUUUCUUACGUGUGUUUCUUUGUGCUGGAAAUGCAACUAGUCCUCCAGUGCAUCCAUCAGAUCAUGUCACUGAAUCAGAUGAAAAAAAACAAAAGGUGCAUCAUUCUAACAAAGAAACACUGGUUGGUGAUGAUGGAGCUACUCCUGGAGUAGUGGCAAGGUUAAUGGGGUUAGAUUCAUUGCCAAAGUCCAAAUGGGUUGUGAAUGGAACCACCCCAGAUUGUGUUCCCAGAAGCAGGUCAGUGAAUUUUGUGGAUUACAUGCUUGAGUUUGAUUUAGGCCAUGCAGAGCAUCGUAGAGUGAAGACCUCAGCAUCAUUCAGAGAAGUUCCUGGUUUGGUUCAGAGGCCAAAAAAAUGUGAUAAUUUUGUGCUUUACAUGGAUGGUAAAGUGUGUGAAGACCAGGAAGAUGGACCUGAGUUGAAGAAAUUGGAAAUGGGUUUGGGAGAUUUGAGGCUAAGGAAGAGGCAUAGGAGUAGGAACAAGGAGAUUGUGAGUGCGAAGAAGGAGAGGAAUCAAGGGAAGAACAAGAAAAUUUCCAAGUUGAAGAAUGAACCAAGAAGGGUCCCUUCUUCUAAGCAUAGCUCAAAGGGUCUAAAUCUUGGUGAAUCCUCACGCUCCUCCAAGAGUUGUAGUUAUAGAUGUAGUGGUGCUACUUCAAGCUCAAGGUUAAAAGUGAAUUCUUUGCAAAAUAAGCAAAAGAAAGGGUUUGUUGAGCCAAAAAUGAGAAAGAACGUGAGAACCCAGCAGCCACUAUUGACGAUAGAGAGUGAAUACGGCUUGGAAAAUCACAGCCCAGUUUCAGUUCUUGAUAGCAAUGUCUAUGCUUUCCUUUGUGGGACUGAUUCUCUAGAUGGCACGAGUCCCAUAGCUUCAAAAUCGAAGUGGGAAUCUUCAUCACUGUUGUCCUUGAGUGAUGGUGUUGAAGAGAGAGCAAGUACAAAUAAUGGUUAUGCCUGCACUGAUGCCAACAAGGAAGCAGAGUAUUACUCAGAACUAAUGCUAAAGCUUAGUACUUUGACAAAACAGGAUAUAGGAGAGUUAGAUUGCACGUUAAAACGUAUAUGUGGGAGUGAAAGCUUUGAGGAAAUUUGUUUGGUGUUUGAGCAUAAAAUUUUCGACCUUUUAUUGUAUGAGGUCGUCAAUGAAGUUUUACAAGUUUAUUGUUGAGAAUUUUCUCAUCUUUGUGUGUGUGUGUAGUAUAAAUAGACAAUCAGACAUAGGCUAUUGUGUGAUGAUUUUGAAAAUGAAAGCUUCUGUUUUCU